CAUUUGAAGCUGAUGUCCCUGACGUCCUCAAAUCCAUCCAACCUCCUUUCUCCUACUGUCAAGCUGACAUCUUUGGACCUGUUCUUGCACACAAAGACGGUACCAAGACCAAGAGAUGGAUCCUGGUAAUCCUCUGCCUUUCCAGUCGCGGGGUGCAUCUGGAAAUCCUACAUAACUACAGCGCCCAGAGUAUCACCAGAGGUUUUAAUAGAGCCUUCUGGAUUGACGCUGGACUGAACAUUGUCAAGGCUGGCAAGGACUUGGUCAACACUGAGAUGAAGGUCAUCUCCAACCUCAAUUUGAAAUUCACGUCUAUCGAGUUCAGAGUUACUCUACCCAAACACCCUGUCGGUAUUGGAGCUGUUGAAAGAAUAAUCGGUUCCAUCAAGAAUACUGUCACCAAAUCCCUCAUCGGACCACACCAGCUGAUCAUGGAUGACGAGGAACUGCUUACCUGGACGCAUGGAGUCAUUGAAAAACUUAACAACAGACCACUUAUCCCUGGAGCACCACUUGGCAUCACCCUCACUCCCAACCACGUUCUCCAAGGGUUUCGAGAGUGUUUCGGAGACGAGGUCAACCCUACAGCAUCCAUCAAUCAACAAAUCUCCAGGUGGAAUGUUGUCCUCAACUUGUUCCACUCAUUAUGGGAACAGGAGUACACCGGACGCAAGUUCACCCUCACCUGGAAGGACCAGGGCAACCUCCCUCAGGUUGGAGAUAUAGUCCUGUUUAAGAAUGAACCUAUAUACAAGAACCCGCUCUCAGCUGCCAGAGUAGAGCAGCUCCUCUGCAGAAAGAACGGAGACGUCUAUGGCGCCACUAUCAGCUAUCCUCGUGAAGUAGGUGGACGUAAAAUAGUAGUGGACAGACACCUCAACCAACUGUACCCGUUCAUGAACCUAGAAGCUCAGUGUCCUCAAGAAAUGGUACCCAGCCUAACCUCGGACUCCACAGAAGCAAGGAAUCUAGCUCCAAGUUCCAGACCGGAGCCCGCACAGGACGAGAUCCUCGCAGAGCUCAACGAGAUCAAUCAAUAG